GAUGAAUUGUAUCGGUAACCAGUAAUUUUCCAAUUGAUAUUGAAACAACGUAUUGACGCUGGACAUGGCGUUGACCAAUUUCAGCGGUGUAAGCUCAUUGCCUACAAACUAUGAGUAUUUUGCAUCUGGUGGUGCUAAGAAUGGCCUUUCGGUCAAUGGCUCCACAAUGAGACUAAAUGAUAAAGAGGUGUUCAUCUAUAGCGGGGCCAUGCAUUACUUUCGUGUACCUAGGCCCUACUGGCGAGACAGGUUGAAGAAAAUCAGGGCUGCGGGGUUGAAUACCGUGGAAACGUACGUUCCUUGGAAUUUACAUGAACCUAGGUCUGGUGAAUUUGAUUUUGGUGACAAGGAUAACGACAUGUCCGACUUCUUGAAUUUACAAGAAUUCCUGACUAUCGCCAAAGAAGAGGACCUCUUUGCUAUAGUCCGACCUGGACCUUACAUUUGCGCUGAAUUUGAGUCCGGAGGCUUCCCCAGCUGGCUGCUACGUGAAAACGACAUCGAUUUCCGAAAUUCCAAUCCAACUUAUAUGAAAUACGUAACCAGAUGGUUUAAUUUACUGCUGCCCAUUUUAGCCAUGUUUCAGUUCACGCGAGGUGGACCCAUUAUAGCGUUUCAAGUUGAAAAUGAAUAUGCGUUGUCUGGCAAGCAUGAUUUGGAUUAUUUACGGAAAUUGAGGCAGUUGAUGUUGGAUAAUGGAAUCAAAGAAUUGCUAGUAACAUCGGACAAUCCUCCCCGAGGUACAUUCGGAACCAUUCCAGAGCUAUUUUUCAUGACCGGAAACUUUAAUCAGAACGUCAAACCUCAACUAGACACGCUGAAGUCACUCCAACCAGGCAAACCAGUGAUGGUUAUGGAGUACUGGGCAGGAUGGUACGAUGCUUGGGGUAGCAGACACAGUAACUUCCCGCUUGAAACGUUCAAAGAAAACUACGAAAUUAUACUGUCCUAUCCGGCUUCAGUGAACAUCUACAUGUUCCAUGGUGGGACUAACUUUGGGUUUCUGAAUGGAGCGUCGAAUAAUAUAUUGUAUGACGAUAGAUAUUACUUCCGAGCAGUAACUACAAGUUACGAUUACCUUUCCCCACUGAACGAAGCUGGUAACUACACCGACAAAUAUUGGGCAGUCAAGGAACUUCUUCAGAAAUACAACAAGAUCAAAACUCUGUUGCCAGAACCGCCAGUACCUCAAGAGACGGAAAGUUACCCUGCAAUCGGCAUAGAACAGCAACUAUCUCUAGGUGAACUGUUAUCAUCUCUACCAAAUGUUACAUCCAAGGCAGUGCUACCAAUGGAAAAACUCGAUGUGAAUAACCAUAACGGUCAAAGUUACGGUUACAUAGUUUACAGGAAGACCAACGUAGAUAUACCAGCUAAUGGUACCUUGCUUAUAGAAGGAAGAGUUUUUGAUACUGUCAUGGUACUAGUCAAUGGUGUUUUGGUUUCACCGUGGUUGGAGAAGACCAGCGAUCUGAAUAGAUUCGGUUCAUAUCUAAGGGACUCCUCGGUCAUUUUAUCUUCAACAGCGUUAGAAAAAGCCACCAUUGAUAUCGUAGUAGAAAACUGGGGAAGAGUGAACAACGGCAUCUACAAACAGUACAAAGGGCUCUGGCAGGGUGGCGUCAAACUAAAUGAUGCUUACCUUUACGACUGGACCAUAUUUCCACUUGAAUUCCAGAAAAAAUGGACGAACAGCUUGAACAACUGGCAGACUUUCGAUGAUAAAACAGUUGGUCCUUGCUUGUUUAAAGCAAACCUUCAGAUAGCUGGCACACCAAAGGAUACGUUUGUUUAUAUGGAGAACUGGAAAAAAGGUAUUGUUAUUGUGAAUGGAUUUGUUUUAGGAAGAUACGCUCGACUGGGUCCAACACAAACCGUGUUUCUCCCUGCAACCCUUCUCAAGCAAGGUUCCAAUACUAUUUAUAUCUUUGAGCAUUUCAGACAUGCAUUGCAAGUAGAAUUCUCGAAAACGAUAGUGAACACGUUGCAUUAUCAAUAAAGAUAUUUUAGAAAA